GGAGGAAGAAGGCUUCGGCCGAAGGUGACGCUGAGGCGACGGAGGUGCGGAAGCGGAGUGGGCCGUGAGUGAGAGCGAGCCACGGCAGCACUUCAGGCGCUCUCCCCGACCUCUCUGCAGUGAAUGGCGGCGGGAUGGAGCACGAGGGGAGCGGCGACAGCGGGGGAUCGGCCGGGCUCCUGCAGCAGAUCCUCAGCCUGAAGCUCGUGCCGCGCGUGGGCAACGGGACCUUGUGCCCUAACUCCACUUCUCUAUGCUCCUUCCCAGAGAUGUGGUAUGGUGUGUUCCUGUGGGCACUGGUGUCCUCUCUCUUCUUUCACGUCCCUGCUGGAUUACUGGCCCUCUUCACCCUCAGACAUCACAAAUAUGGUAGGUUCAUGUCUGUAAGCAUCCUGUUGAUGGGCAUCGUGGGACCAAUUACUGCUGGAAUCUUGACAAGUGCAGCAAUUGCUGGAGUGUACCGAGCAGCAGGAAAGGAAAUGAUUCCAUUUGAAGCCCUCACCUUGGGCACUGGACAGACGUUUUGUGUAGUGGUGGUCUCCUUUUUACGGAUUUUAGCUACUCUAUAGCACAUACCCUCGUGCUAUGAUGGCGAACCUAAGUUUCAUAGAAUCCUCAAAAAUAAUACAGUAUGGAAUGUGUUUUCUUAGUUCUUCAAACGGGAAGCAACUUGGAUGAAAAGGUAUAUGAAGAACAACAUUUCAGUCCUUUCUUCAAUUUGAAGCUCCAGGAAUUAAAGAUCUUUUUGGACUCAUUGUUCUCAACCAAAACAAAUCAAGUUUCUUUUCUUUCUUUCUUUUUUUUACAUAUUUAAUUCAGGCAGUUUUACGGGUGCACCUUUACGCAAGCCAGGUCAGCAGUGCUUCUGGGUUGGCAUCCUUCACACUGAAAUUUAUAAUGUUCUGUGAGAAAAUGCAACGUUGCAUAUUUCAGAGAAAUUAUGGAUCAUAUUAGUGUAUUUCUGAGCAGCGUAUACUGUACUAAAAUCUAACUUGAUCUAAUCUUGAUUAAAAUUUGGCAAACUCAUCUCUUGCUACAUCUUCAUGACAGUAAGUGCCAAGUAGGUUUUGGUUGAAUAUAGUGUUGAGAACAAAUUUGGUGAAAUUUGUUGCACACACAAAAAAUCUAUAACUCAAGUAGUGGCUUUGAUUCCACUGUUUAAAGAAAAAGGAGCUAACUACUGAAUGACGUGACAUUUUUAUGGAUAACUAUCCUGACCUGUGAUUAUUUAAUAUAUUUUAAGAGAUGUGAAUUUGUUUUUUUGUACAUUUAUCAAAAUAAGCUAGAUAAUUGAGACUUUUUCCCCUAAAGCUCCCAUACCACCUCUUCCUAUCACUUUUAUUCUAUUGCUUUUAUUUAGUUUAAUUGGAAACAUACCCUAUUAAAGAGUUGAGAGUUGAAAAUUUUCACCCAGAUUGUUUAGGACACUCUUUGAACAUUGAGGCACACGCACAAAAAGAUACUUUAAACGUUCUGUUACUGUUUUUCUUAGUGACUUUGGUUUACUCAUGGCUCUUGAAAAAUUGUAUAAGUGCAGCUUAAACUAGAGUUAGUGGUUAUGGAUUUCCUAGUCUUCAUGUGGUUACCUAGUGGUGGGUCUUCAGCUCACUUUCACAGUAUUGGGUAUCACUCCCAGAAAGUGCCUAAAGUUUAAUUUUCAGAUAUGCCUUCUACUGUGCCCUUUACAUUUUCCUUCAAGAGAAUUUAUAUCCUUAAAGAGAAUUAAAUAUCAGAGUUUUUUAAAACCCAAUUUUAGCUAUUUUAAUUUUUCUUCUAAUGCCUAACUUUUUCAUUUAAAGGCCUGAAAACUGUAACCUUCAAAAGAAAAAGGAUUGCAAAAAUUAUCCAACUUUAUUCUUACCACCUAAACUGUUCUGUAUGAAAUACAAUUGAUGUUUCUGUUUUCAAAAUAGUUUCUGGUAAUUAAAUCUGACAUUUUUAAAGGAAAGUUUUCAUUGUGAGUGUAAGGCUAACUGCCCAUGAGGUCAUGUGCAGUUCUAUUUGAUUUAAAGCAAUAUGCACUCUGGCUUCUGAUUAAAAAAAAACAGCCAGGAGGACCAAUUUACCAGGGAUAGUCAAAGAGCAAAAUUACAAAGGAUCACAAAAAGUAACUGGACAUUUUCUUUUAACUAAUCGGCCAUUAGACCACUUAUCAAAAUUAUAGUGUUAUAUACACAUAGACUAGGUGGAAAAUUACAGGAGUUGGAAUGUAGGCAAAUGUCUUUACAAAUUCCCCAACAAGAUUACUCUCCAAUGCUCAAAUCUUUCUUUCAAGCAAAUUUUUUUUUUUUUUUUUUUUGUGGUACGCGGGCCUCUCACUGAUGUGGCCUCUCCCGUUGGGGAGCACAGGCUCCGGACGCGCAGGCUCAGGGGCCAUGGCUCAUGGGCCCAGCUGCUCCGCGGUAUGCGGGAUCCCCCCGGACCGGGGCACGAACCCGUGUCCCCUGCAUCGGCAGGCGGACUCUCAACCACUGCGCCACCAGGGAAGCCCUCAAGCAAAUUUUUAAGUCUUUAGUUGAAGACUCCAUUUUUCAGUUCAGGGAGCUGGAUUUGGAAAAGUAGCCCUUCAGUUUAAGAAAUUUGUUGUAGGAAAUGAUUUUAAUUAUCUCUAUUGAAGUAUGCCUCUUAGCAUUCUCACCUAAAACAUUCCUUUGGAUAGAAUUUCACAAAUUGAACAUGGGCCAGUGGUCAGUGGGCUCCUCCCCCUAAAUACUAAUUUUUGAACAUACUGAUCCAUGAUUUAUUUGGUUUAUUUUUCUUUUAGAGCCAAGACACAAAAAUUAAUGCAUUUUGAAAGUUGUGUUUGUUUUCAUCUGUUUGUUUGAUUAUCCACUCUUUUCAAAAACUUCAAAUGUAAAAUGUAUCUUCAAAUUAUUGAAUGUUUCAUCCAUCCCAGUAUGUGAACAUUCUCCUGUGAAUAAGUGUAUAUAGACUUUAUAUAGCUUGAGCUUUGUGGCUUGAAAUGUUUUCAGGGAGAAACUAUUUGAAUGAUAAGGAAUGUCUAUUCCCCCUUAGAGUUUAUUUUUCUUUUUAAUUUCUCAUCUCAAAUACACAAUUAGUUGGGGGUGGUUGCCCAGAUGAAAAAAUAUUGGCAUUUGUGUUGAACAUUUUAUCUUAUCACAUAUAGCUUCUGAGAAGUUUUGCCAACUACUGACUUUCCUAGAGACAUGUGCAACCACCCCUCCCUUAGCUGUGCAUCCACUUUUCCUUUUUUUUAGGAGUGGGAAGGAGGCAGCCCCAACCAUAAAAAGCUGAUUUCUGGAUUCUUUAAUAUUGAGGUUUUAGGGUAAAGGCGUUUCAUGUAAACUUAAAUCCAUAUACAAAUGAGUAAUGAAUAUUCCAAGAUAAAGAUGUCUCUUUGUGCUAUUAACUCAUUUUUUUUUUCAGCAUAACAUUACCUAGGAAAUGUCUAAACUAGGUGAGAAAAAGUUCAUGCAAAUAAUUAUCUUUAAGCCCUUAUGUUUUCUAAGUCUUUAAAUUGUAUUUUAGUUUUUGAUUCCAAAAGCUGCUCUGGUUUGAAUUAAGUUCUUAUUACAACUGCAGUGCAUACCAACCUUCCCUAGGAGACCACUUCCUGGAAUGUGAAGUCCUGGUGCCAUUAGCUGUCCACAUGCAGAAGGUUCUGUGUACGUGCAUUUCUUUUUUGUGCACUCUGUCAGGCUGGUUGUGGCUAAAAUCAGCUCAGCUUUUUGUACUACAUUAUUUCACCAAAUGCUACAGUCAAAAUGAUCUAAUCUUUGUACCAUAGAAAAUUAUUUAAAUUUUAUUUUUCUACUGACAUUUCUAAUUCUGGUAUAUAUGUUUAUCAAUAAAGAGUUACUUUUAA